CCUCAGUGCAGGCUGAAGGGAAGAAGCCGUUGAGUCCUGUCACCUUCUGCUGUCCCUCACAGCCUCAGUAGGACAGUGGGCCACAUGGGCUGCUCAGCAUCCUCCUACUUACACCUUCCUUUUUGAAGGUUUUCUUGCAAUCCUUCAUGUUUCUUGCUAGUUACAAUUUGUCUCAUAUUUUGGCUUCCCUGAUUUUUUGUUAGUUUUUUUCUGUUCUGCCUAGUUUUGUCACCUAGUUUCUACUUUUAUGCCCUACCAUCUGAAAUUUCAGGUCAUUUUCUGAGCUAUGAUCCCCCUCUUUCCCUAGUGCUGGAAUAGUUUCUGUUUCAUUAAACCCUGCCAGGUUUUCCGAAUGCAUUUUGUUAGACCUGAUCUCCAGCUCCCUGAAUUCCUUAGAUUUUCUCUGAAAGGCAUUUUGAAGUUGCUCUCCAUUUCGACACCCUCAAGCACUUCCUCUCUCCUAUCUAGGGUAAGGUCUGGGAGAGCCUCCCCUGGGGUUCCCUGCACUCCCUGGCCCAAAGCCCUUGGUGGCCCAAAGCCCUUGGUAGCCCAAGCCCGUGCGGGCAGCCGUGCCCUGGUGCAGGCAGCCCCAGAGGAUGCCCGGCUGUGAGGGACGCGCAGGAGGCUCCUUCAGGGAGGGCCCUGUGGCAAGCUGGUUUUAUCCUUCUCAUUUCCCAGGUGACCUGCCUUCUGGAGGUGAGAGCCAGUCCAUACCUAGGGUAUGCCCAGCAACAUCUUCCUCUUCUGUGUUUGCUCUGUCUCGACAAGCCACAGCCCCUAAUUCACAGGCCAGUCCUCAAGGUGUGUUAUGCCAGCCAGGUCAUUUUAGAUGUCUACAAAGACCUCGCACUGCAGCCGCUCGUGGCUGGUGGCACUUGCAUAACUGCGUCAGUAAGUGGGGCAAGGACCGUGCCAUCCUGGGGGUGAUGGCCCUGGAUGCCCACCUCCCAGGGCACCUCGUGGGCGCUGGUCAUGGACUGCGGCUCACGGUGCCCGCUCCAAGCUUGACCUUGCUCAGCAGCUGCUGUCAGAGAUGUGAAAGCUGCAAGGUGGGGAGGCCCCCACGCCUGUGGAAGGGGUGGGAAGGAUAAGGCCAAGGCUCCAUCUCUUCCUCGGCCUCAGGACAGUGUGGGACAUGUCCUCCAGUGGGUCUGGAAGCCAAGACCUCUCGCACUGGAUGUGGAGAGCACGGCAGAGCAGACCCAGCCAUGGCAGGGGCCAGCUCCUUCCCCAAGAGGCUGCAGUUUUCCCACCUCUGCCAGGGCAUGGUCGGCCCUCCCACAGCUCCUGCACUGGCGUGACACAGCCCUGCGGAGAUGGCUCUGGGGUGAGGAUAAUCCUGCUCCCUGCCUCCGCGCGCCCCAGCCCCACGCGAUGUCAUGCGUGGCUGGGCGGAGGGGGCUUCUGGCGGAGCCAGCACGGCACCGAGCGUGGUGCCAUGAGCUGAGGGGACGCAGCUGCUGGGGACGUGGGCCAGAGCCACGAGGAACCAUCCACAGCCCCACGGGCCCUCCUGGAGACCUGGAGGGGAAGCCCCAUCCCGGGCACCCAGGACCGUGGGCACCACAUCGGGGAGCGGCACCCGUGCACGCACGGGGCUGGCGUGCGGUACCGAGCACGCGUGGCCAGCGCGCGGUUGGUACGCACGACACACACCCACGUGGGCGUGCGCGUGCACGCACACAUACGCCCACCCACGCGCACGCACACGCACGCACCAGGUCUGUCUCCCUCCCUCCCUCGCUCCCGCACCCGACACGCGAGUCCCCAGCGCGGCCCCGCCCCGGGCCCGCCCCCCCCCCGCUGCCGGGCGGAAGCGCGCGGCGUGUCGCGGCGCAUCGCGGUGUCGCGGCGCGGGAUGGACCCGCCGGCCAAGGAGGGGCCGCUCCUCGUGCAGCACAGCCACAAGUUCGGCACCAAGAGGUGGAAGCGGAGCUGGUUCGUGCUGUACCCGGCCAGCCAGCACGGCGUGGCCCGCCUGGAGUUCUUCGACUGCAAGGAGCCGGCGGCGCCGCCCGAGCGGCUGGGCACCAAGCGGCUGGACAAGACGGUGGUGCGGCUGGCUGACUGCACCAGCGUGGCCCCCGUGGCCGAGAGCGGCCCCCGGGCCGGCAUGGCCGUCUUUCGCCUGGAGACCAGCGACAGGAGCUACCUCUUCGCAGCUGAUAAGCAGCAGAGCGAGGAGUGGGUGGCGAAGCUAUGCGAGAUCGCCUUCCCGGGAAACGGCCCCAGCGAUGCUGGCGUGGCAGCCCGGCGUGGCAGAGAGGACAGCGGGGAGGUGCCAGCCCUGGAGAUGGCCGUGAACUCCAUCUACUACUCAAGAGAUGAAGUGAACGCCUUCUGGGUGACGGUGCAACGGACUGAGGCUGCAGAGCGAUGCGAGCUGCGUGGCACCUACGUGCUCAAGGCUGAGCGUGACAGCCUCAUCCUGAAGGACCCACGGACAAAUGAGAUCCUCUACGUCUGGCCCUACCGGCUGCUCCGGAGAUACGGCCGGGACAAGGUGAUGUUCUCCUUUGAAGCUGGCAGGCGCUGUGAAUCCGGCCCAGGGAACUUCACCUUUGAGACCAAGCAGGGCAACGAAAUCUUCCACCUGGUGGAAGCCUCCAUCCGGGAGCAGAAAGCGCAGGUGGAGGAGAAACGGCAAAGCUGUGACUCACUGGAUUCGGACAGCCGCAGCGUGGUGCUGAUCCGCCAGGCCCUGGCCGACUCACUGAGCCUGGAGCUUCCCGUGGAGGGGGAUGACACCCUGGCACCCAAAGUGGGGCUGGCACCCAGGCCCAGUACGGCAGCAGAGGAGAGAGACACCACGUCUCUGCUGAAGACCCGGACUCUGCCAGAGCUCCCUGUGCCACAGGCCAAGCCCGCGGUCCUGAGCACACCCCCGCGCUCCCCUCUGCCAAAGGUGCCCCACGCUGUGCUGCCAGCCGAGGACCUGUCCAGUGUGUACUCGGAGCCCCUGGACUCGGUGAAGGGCUUCCGGCCCUGGCCGGACCCACUGUACUCAGACCCUGUAGACAGCAAGCCCGCGAGUGGGGCCAAGGUGCCCAGCGGUGCCUCAGACGAGACAAAGCUCCGUCUGCUGGCGCCACUGUAUUCUGGCACGUACGAGCAGGUCCAGGCCGAGGGACGCAGCCAGGCCCUCACGGUGCCCGGGCGGAGGGAGCACAUCUACGACGAGCCUGAGGGUCGUGCUCCCCGCUUGCUGCCCCCCUCCACCUGCAUCUAUGACGAAGCGCGGCCCACGGGCGAGGCGUGGCGCACCCAGGGCCAUGAUGGCAGGGGCGGCUACGAGUAUCCCUACAACCCCAGCACUGAUGACUACUCGGUACCUGCCUUCCAGGCCAAAGCCAAGGGCCCCAAGCCAGUGCCUGCCCCCAAGCCCCAGGCAGCCUUUAUCCCUAAAGGUGGCGAGAGGAGCGGGGACCCUGGCAGGCGGCGAGGGAACCCUGCUCCUGAGAAGGUGGUUGUCAAACCCAGCCUUAACAGCAGCAACAACAACAACGUGGAGGUGCUGUACAGCCAGGUGGUGAAGCCCCAGCACGUGCAGAAGAAGGAGCAGUCUGUGGAUGAGUGCAGCUUGUCACCUGUCUACGAGGACUUAGGAGAGAUAUAGCGUGCUGCUGCUCUGUACCUGCUUGGGAGAGACUGGGGGGGCCCAGGCCCGUUGUGAGCAGUGCCGGCUGCUGUCCUCCACGGGUCCUGGCAGUGGCUUCGGGCUGGGGACUGUUCUGGCUCCGGCAGAGCCGCUCUUGCUCACCGGCGCUGGGGGGCUGCCUUUCCCUGGAGGCCCUUUCCAGAGCAAGAGCAAGAGAGCUGUGGCUGGUGCAGGUGCCAGCGUGCUUCUCCGGCUCUGGAGCUGGCUCUGCUGCCACCUCCUGAUCCCCAGGAGGACUGGCUGUGUCGCCCUGCAUCUGCUGCUCUGGCUCUGCUCUGGCUCCCUCUCUGACCAGGCCGUAGGGCUGGGGUGCCCGUUGCGGUGCGUGGAAGACUGCUUGCCAUCAGUCUCCAAAAGUAUUUUUAUACAAAAUUAUUUUAAUAUUAAAAUCUGUAUGUCUCAGAAUGAAA